AUGAGCAGUGCCGUCACGAAGCCCCUCGCCAUCUUCCGCAAACCGGAGAACCCCAAGCCUCUUCAUACUCGUUGGGGCGAUGUGGCCAUCUCUGUUCCCACCGAUGGCUCAUGGAACCAAUACGACAAUCCUCAUCGGCCAGCCAAGGGACGCCAACUAUACGGACCCGGCUUUAUCCCAGAUAUCUCCCCAUCUGAUCAAACCCGAAAUUCAUUGAAAGAUGACAAUACUGAGGAUCAAAGGGAGGAGGUUGCCCCUGAGAAAAGUUCCGUCUCUAGACGAAGCUCACUAUCUCUGGGAGCCUUGCGACCUGGUCGACUUUCCGUGCGGUUGGCAUCUCGCCCGAAGCCGCUCGAGGGAGAAAGCGCGUCCGAAAGAGAGAUCCGAGAUGAUCAAAAGCGACGAGACUUUGCCUACAAGCCAAUCCGAAAAGAUUAUACUGCUGAGGUCAUCGAUCAGCCGGGGCAUACCAGUAAUCGCUUUCGGUACAUCCCCACGAACGGCACGUACCUCGAGGAUAUCCCAUCUCCGCGAAGUCAAUCAGCACAAUCUUUUUACAGUCCUCACGAACGACCAGACUCUUUCUCAGACCCCUUUGAAGGAAGAGACCGUGGUCGCAAAUCGAGUCUAAGCAAAGAACCCUCUGAGAAAUGGCCUGCAUAUCAGGAAGAUGAUCGUCUCAGCCUGCGGUCUAGUAUUGGAGGGAGCUCUGACGGGUCUGGCUCCCGGCUGAGUUCAAGCUUUGGACUGCCUCCCAGAAGGCGCACCUCUCCCUUUGUGGCGGCCGAUCGGAAAAGGUCUUCCUCAUUGAAGCCCAUGACUAUGGCUAUGGUUCCCGACCCUGAGGAUCUUUACGAAUAA